UGAUUUUUACGUUUCUUUUUCUCAGGUGAUAAUGCCAGUGUAAUCGUAAGUGAAUGGAGUUGAACGCUGCAUAGGCCUAUUUGAAAAAGAUUAUUGAAGCCAGCUUUUUUCACAUAAUGGAGAAUUCGGAUAUGCCUGUCAUGAUCUCUGUUUCUACGGCCUCCGUUGGCGGUGAAAACAUGAAAUCCUAUUCCUCGGAAUCGCAACGGAAGCCGCAUGGUGGCCCUGUUUUAGACAAGGAUACCGCCGUGACUAUCUUGAAGUAUUUGAAAAAGAAAAAUUUGGAUAGCACCUUGGAAGCAUUUCGGCAUGAGGCCGGUCUCAUCGAACCAAUUGGUGAUGUUGACUUGGAGGACAAUGACGCAUCGGAUGACGUGGGAGUUUGGUCGGCGUACAAAACGGAAACCGAUCCUCUGGACUACGAGGCUACGUACAACGAAUUUAAACGUUUUCUUGGAAACGCAUUGGAUCUGUACAAGCAUGAGCUUCAUGCUAUGCUCUAUCCUGUUUUUCUACACAUGUAUAUUGAACUUGUGUACAACGGACAUGAGGCUAAAUCAGAGAGUUUCAUGAAGCGAUUCGGCCCGAUACAGGAAUACUACUACCAGCAAGACAUCACCAAACUCGCCAUGAUUACUCGUAGGGAACAUAUGAAACACAACGAUUUUCUAGAUACCCUGAAAUCCAACCAGUUCACCGUAAGACUUUCUCGUGAUGCGUAUUCUGUUUUGCGUCGUUUCAUGGACGAGAAGAGGGCGAAAGUCAGCGUGCUGUUGAACGUUGUGCAAGAGCAUUUGUAUCUCGACGUUUAUGAGGGUAUCCCGAGAAACAAGGAACAAGUGGAAACCACUGCCGGAGCGAUGAACGGCGAGGCCAUGCAGCAGGCCAAUAAAGGUAAAGUCUACUACGGUCUCCCGAAAGAACCCGACGUCCACGUGAAUCUCGACGAGCCUGUGGAUUCCAUGCUGGCGUCGGAAGGUGGGACGUCUUCUGCCGCGGCGGCGGUGACAACCGGCGCCGAAGACGAGGCGUCCAAGCCCAAGAAGAAGAAGAGCAAGAAGGACUCGAUAUUCUCCAAAAAGACCAAAAACGAUCCGAAUGCGCCGCCAGUGAACCGUCUCCCGCUUCCAGAGCCCCGAGACGUGGACAAGAAGGAGAAACUCAGGGCUGUGCGAGAGUCCAUGAAGAGGAUCACGCUGGGCCCGGAUUCCAUGCCGUCCAUUUGCUUUUACACCUUCACGAACACGAACGUGGCCAAGGUGACGUGUGUCAAGAUUUGCGAGGACACGAGUCUGCUUGCUGUCGGUUUCUCCGACAGCAAGCUCAAGAUCUUCACUCUCGUGCCCACGAAGCUCAAGGCCAUGAAGAAGGCUGAAGAACUGACGACGAUCGACAAGUGCGCCGAUGACGUUUACGCUCGCAUGAUGGACGAGUCGACGGCCGAGCAGCAGAAGCAGUUGGUGGGCCACUGUGGGCCCAUUUAUUGUUGUUCCUUCUCUCCGGAUCGCACGAUGCUGUUGUCCUGUGCAGAAGAUGGCCACAUUAGACUCUGGAGUCUUCUCACGUGGACCUGUCUCGUCAUUUACCGCGGUCACAUCUUCCCCGUGUGGGAAGUCAAGUUUGCUCCGCACGGCUUUUAUUUCGCUUCCUGUGGUCAUGAUAAAACCGUUCGGCUUUGGUCGACGGACCAGAACCAGCCGCAGCGCCUGUAUGCGGGCCACCUGUCGGACGUGGACUGCGUCGAAUUCCACCCCAACUCCAACUACGUGGCCAGUGGGUCUAGCGAUCGGACUGUGCGACUGUGGGAUUGCGUGUCUGGGUCCUGUGUGCGUGUCCUCACGGGCCACAAGACGUCCAUCCACGCCUUGGCCUUCUCCAACGACGGUCGGUACUUGGCGUCGGGUUCUCGAGACGGGGACCUCAUGCUUUGGGACCUGGCCAGAGCGUAUUUGUUGGCCCGACUGGAUGCCCACUCUUCCACCGUCUAUUCCCUGUGCUUUUCGCGGGAUGGAAAUUUGUUGGCCUCUGGGGGAUUGGAUUGCACCCUCAAGCUAUGGGAUUAUGCCAAGUUGGCGAAGGAAUUCGCUGCCGAGAGUUCAGCACCAGGUGCCGCAACCCCUGGGACGACGCCGCAUAACCCGGAUGUGCGGAUGGGAGAGGAAGAACUGCUGUUGCUAGGCUCGUAUCCGACCAAGAAGACGCCCAUAAUUGAGCUGCAUUUCACUCGACGGAACCUUCUUGUUGGUGCGGGUGCCUUCGACGGCGCCGUCGUUGUGGCGUCUGAUAUUUCCGCCAAGAAAUGA